UACUCGCGCGAGAGUGGCGGAGGGAGAGCGGGAGUGAGUGAGUGAGUGAGUGAGAGUUGCUCCUCUCUCCCACACACAGAUACACGCGGGCUCACUCUCACACUCAUUCAUACACCUGUUGUUGUAUUCGUGUGUGUGGUUGUCGCACACGCCGUCAUACAACACUGGCCGCGCUGAACAUAGUGUAAUGUACAUAUAUAAACACACAGCUCGAAUUAAAUACGUGAAAACAACAACUUUUUAAUUCACUUGUUUACUGUGAGUCGGUAUCAAGAAAGUGUUAAACCGCGAGAGGAUAAACUGAUGUAGAAAGUGAUGUCGGAAACUGUUAAAACUUGAUUUAGGAAAUUAUUAAUUUUUAAACCGCUGCACACCUGGAUCCCGCGUCACCACGUACAGGUGUGUUGCCGUCAGCGGUGUGGCGUGAAGUCUUUCGUCCUGGGAAGAGAAAUAAUUGACCACAACACACCUACUUCCUUACAGUUAUGACGUAAGACAGGUAGAAUCAAGGACACACCUACCACACCUGACCAGAGCACAUGUGAACUACUCCACUUCAGACAGUGUUGAGGCCACAUGUGUGUUAGAGACUUGUUGAGGGGUGCAGGUGUGUUUUAGUAAAAUUAAUUAAUCACCUUCAGAAAGCGACAGAUAUGGAGAGUAGGAAGAUAUGCUUAUUUACAUACCUGUCUUAAGUGUACAGGUGUGAAAUGUCGCAUAUAUUUCGUCUGUGACCGUGUGGGUGUUCGUCUUAUAUAUACAUACCUGCUGAAUCGAUUUUUACCAUAUAUGCUUCUCCUAUAUAAUGUCCAUCACUCGUACCGGCAGUGAUAUAAGCUAUACGCAUUUACAUAAGCAGGUAUAAUGACAUAUAUAUAUAUAUACCUUGCCCAGCUGUUAUAAUUCCAUAUAAUAUCUACAAAACAUAAACGUCUUGAAAUAUAAAAAAAACAUCGAUAUAAGUGAGCUGCGUGUCAUAUAUGUCAUUCAUAUACUAAACAACUCUCAGCCUCAUAUAUAAGAAUACUGACCAAUGAAACGUAGCCUAAGGUUCCUUUAACCAUUUCGUUGACAGACAGACAGACAGACAGGCAGAUUCUUCGUGUCUAGAGAAACUACUUUGUGAAGAUAUAAACGCUGGUGAUAUAUAUAUAUUUAAAUGCACCACAAAAUGCCAUCUGCUUGGUGCUUGUAGUACUGACGUGCUUGGUGUAGAUGCCUGAUGAGAUAAACGAACCAUUAACACCUCAAGUCACACCUUCUGCUUGGUGCCCGUAGCUUUGACUUGCUUGGUGCAGCUACAACAAGGCCAAGCGGUAAGCUACAGUAAGUCACACUAUCUGCCUGGUGCUAGUGGGAUUAUAUUUACGUGGUUGGUGCAGCGGCCUGGUGAGAUACACAGACCAGUGACAUAGCCUUAAUUAAAUCACACCAUAUGGCAGCGACUUGGCAAUGAAGUGUGUUCCAGUGACCGGCAGGUGAUGGGAAUCAAGUGAACGGAAGGAGGAACGUUAAAAGAUCGUAUUGAUACGUUCGAGUGAGUAGAAAUUCCAGGAAGCAAAGAUCGGUAUCGUCAGUGUCGCCAAGGCAGUAAGGUUAAAAAGUGGCGCCUAUUUUUUUUUCUAUGUAUAAAAGUGCAGUCUAAGUGUUAAAGUGUGCUAAAGUGUAUCAAAGUGACCUCCAUGACCGCCCCUGGGGACCUCGGCCCCAUCACCACCAGCCCCUUCCUCCACGACUACCUCUAUGCUCUCAACCUCUCCACUCUGGCCUACCCUGGCAACCUGACUUACUGGAGCGGCGACGACAACACCACAGCGACAUGGGAGGAAGAGGAUAUCGGAGGAGGAAGAGGAGGAGGAGGGCCACUGACGACGCCAGCAGCCAAUUGGUGGGGUCUGGUAGCCCUGCUGGUGGUGUUGUUGACGCUCUUCGGCAACAUACUGCUCAUCCUGGCCAUCUCGUGGGAUCGUCGCCUCCAGAACAUGACCAACUACUUCCUCUUGUCCCUCGCCGUCACCGACCUCAUGGUGGCCUCCCUCGUCAUGCCGCUCUCCAUCGUUGUCCUUAUCUUAGGACACUUCCCGUUCUCCUCGGAGCUGUGUCUCUUGUGGAUCUCUCUCGACGUCCUCUUCUGCACCGCCUCCAUCAUGCAUCUGUGUACACUCUCCGUCGACCGGUUCCUCUCCCUCAGGUAUCCCAUGAAGUUUGGUCGCCAUAAGACCCGUCGUCGUGUUGUGUUGAAGAUCGUGUUGGUGUGGUGCCUCUCCCUGGCCGCCUCCCUCCCUCUCUCUCUCAUGUACGCCACCGACCCUCACUCUACCAUCGUCGACGGCGUCUGUCAGAUCCCCGUCUCGCUCUUCCAGAUCAUCGCCUCCGUCAUCUGUUUCUACAUUCCUCUGAUCAUCAUGCUGGUGACCUACGCCCUCACCGCUAGGCUCCUCUCCAAGAAGCAGAGUGAACUUCAGGGGACUGUCUUAGAGUCUUCGUCAGCCUCACCUUCACCCAGGUCCGUCCGCUGGAAGAAGCUCCUCUGUAAGACCACCUCCAACCUGAGCACCAGCACCGCCGUCUCGCUCACUGAUGGAGAGAUCUCUGAAGGCGGCUGCAGUAGGAUAGAGAGCAGGUGUGAGGAAGGUAAACUACGGAGGUUCGGCAGUAGUCCACUGAGGCGGCCGCCCCUUGUCCGCUACACAAGUCAUCACUACAGGGCGGCGCUCGCCAGGGGAGGAGGCACCGGCGUGAGAGGUUACUCCACCAGGGACCUGAAAGUCGACGGCAACAGCGGCGGCGGCACUGAAGAUCGUCUGUUCCCUCACCUGCCCACCAGCCCGGGCUAUGAGCUGAGUGUUUUCCCUCAGGCUCCCUGCUCGGCCCCGACCUCCACUACUACCUCGCCCCUCCACAUACGACACCGUGACGCCGACGUUCAGUCUCAGCCCGACGCCCACCCCAGCUGUACCCUGGGCGAAGAGGGCAACAAGGACCCCCAGGGACACGCCCUCAAUUCCAGCUGUGAACAGAAUGGUGACCCGAGGAGAAGAGGGCGGGAGGAGUGUGGGGAGGAGUGUGAGGGAGGAGACAGCAGCAGAGGCCACGUAGCCGUCCCCUGCAGCUGUGCACCAAGGUUCUUCCUGGAGGACGUCCUAGCAUCUUCUGACAGUCAGUGUGACGAGUGUUCUGACCCUCGGCCGCAGGAGGUAGCGCCUUCCUACCGCAAUCACCAGCACCGCCGCAGCCAAGACUCCCGACAGCGGCGGAGAGGAGGAGGGUGCUGUCCCAUGGAGGAGGGAGGGAGAAGAUGGUGCUGCCCUUGUCUGCUGACACGACUCUCCAUCCGUCGACUCACCGGGUCACAGUGUGUGGAGUUGCCGCUGUCGUCACCGUGGCAUGAGGGAGCCAGCCCCCCAGACCUGGUCACCAGGACCACCCUCAGGUCCGGGGGUCAGGUGACGACGUUGCUACACAAGCCAUCAUCGUCGGAGUCAUCGUCAGUCAGUUCACUGCCGUCAUCCUCACGAGGGUUAUGGCGGCAGCAGUCGUGUUCAGCAUCCAUCAAGUACGUCUCCUCCAAGCGUCACGGCAGGAACAUAAGGAUGGAGCAGAAGGCCACUAAGGUGCUGGGAGUGGUGUUCUUCACGUUUGUUCUGCUGUGGGCGCCGUUCUUCAUCGCCAAUGUUCUCAUCUCGUGUGGUGCUCACAUUGGGGAAGAAAUGAUUAACUUAGUGACCUGGUUAGGCUACGCUUCCUCUAUGGUCAACCCUUUCUUCUAUACGUUCUUCAACAAGACGUUCAGACAGACGUUCCUUAAGAUUAUAAAGUGUGAGAUGACGAGAAGUAGAAAAUAUCACUUCUAAAACGAGCUUACGUUCGUGGUGGAUUUACUUAAGGCAUCUGGCAUUAAGUGAAGAACGGUUGUACUCUGAAUGGCAUACGUUCUUGUCCAUGUGAACCGGAACUUAAGGAAUAUAAUGAUAAAUUAAACCUACUUUCCCGGUUAUAUGACCUAGAAAUACAAGAAAAAAAUAUUGCUUAUAAUGUAAAUAAACUUGGCUUUGUAAACUGGAACUUAGUGAAUAUAAUUAAGUAAAAUAAAUCAACUUCCAUGGUAAUACGAACUGGAAAUAAUAAGUGGAGAAAUAUUACUGUUAAUCUAUUCGUUCGUGGUAAAGGUGUGACAACUCCAGUUAAGUUAAUUUAUUUCCCCAUAAUGGCGCCUCAACUGAAGCUGUCAGUCUAUAGCAACUUUCAUCUAUCUUACAAUAAUGGUAACUGGCAACCCUGAGGUCUCUAUAGGUAGCAGAGCCCUACACACGGCAGAGCUCUAUACAUGGCAGGUGGCAGAACAACACACGGAAGAUGACAGAGCUCUACAUAUGACAAGUGGUAGAGCAGUACACAUGGCAGAUGGCAGAGCUCUCCACACAGCAGGUGGCAGAGCUCUACACAACAUAUGGCAGAGCUCUACACACAGCAGAUGGCAGAGCUCUACAUAUGACAAGUGGUAGAGCAGUACACAUGGCAGAUGGCAGAGCUCUGCACACAGCAGGAGGCAGAGCUCUACACACAACAGGUGGCAGAGCUCUACACACAGCAGAUGGCAGAGCUCUACACACAGCAGGUGGCAGAACUCUACACACAGCAGGAGGCAGAGCUCUACACACAGCAGGAGGCAGAGCUCUACACACAGCAGGUGGCAGAGCUCUACACACAGCAGGUGACAGCUCUAGAGCUCUACACACAGUAGGUGGCAGAGCUCUACACACAGCAGGUGACAGUGCUCUACAUACAGAAGGUGGCAGAGCUCUACACACAGCAGAUGGCAGAGUUAUGCACACAGCAGGAGGCAGAGCUCUACACACAGCGGGUGGCAGAGCUCUACGCACAGCAGGUGGCAGAGCUCUACACAAAGAAGAUGGCAGAGCUCUACACACAGCAGGUGACAGAGCUCUACCACUGUACUUUCAGGCCAGGACGGCAGAAGCUAACAGUAUUAUAGUGUUAGAGGAGACGGUGUCCCUGGUGUGGUGUCCUUGGUGUGGUGUUCCUGGUGUGGUGUCCUUGGUGUGGUGUCCCUGGUGCGGGGUGUAAACGUCCUCGGCCACACAGUGAUGAUGAACGCUUUGCUUGGCGUAGAGGCUUUCAUAAAUGUGCCAUUAGAGGGAUACAGACUCACUCCCACCAUUAUAUCAACGCCAGUGUAAACAGAAAAGAAGCAACGAAAGCUGGUGUUAGUGUAGCUUUCCACAGCGAGUCAUUGCAGUCAAUAGGAAUCGCCAGGCGCUGUUAAUUGCUCUCUCUGGUACUGUGUUUCAUGAUUACUUGCCUUAGAGUUACUUUGAGAGAGUGUAUUCUUUUUUCAUGACUGGUAGAAAACGUUACCAGGACCCAGGGGGAACUGUACUAUUCUGAGUGUGAGAGAAAACGUUAGCACAACUUAGAGGGGGAAAUUUUACUCUUGUGUGAAAUCUAUCUAUCAUUACUAUACUCUUUAUUUUCCUGUAUACACAAAAGCUUUAUUCUUGUUAAAAAGUAAAUAACCCGUUUGUUUCAUAAGUUACCUGUAGGUUAGUAAGGACAUGAAAAAAAAUCUGAAAAUAACGAAAAUGGUAAAAAAUGUAUUGAAAUAAAACGGGGAUACUCAGAGGCCUGCCCUGACUUGAAGGAAAAUGGGGAUACCCAAGAUGUGCUUAGAGAUGAGAACAAGUCAUUACUUCAGAGAUGUGCUUUUACUCUGAAGACAAGGGCAUGCCAGGUAUGUGUUUCCGUGAAGUUACAGAAGAUAUCAAUGACAACGAUUCGUUAAUAUUAAAACAAAGAAACAUUUAUAUAGAUGUGCUUUAAGGCAAUAAUACGAAACAAAAGCAAGAUAAAUGCCAAUGAUUUUCCAGAAUUAUUGUCUCGAAGCUUCGCGUUAUGAGACUGAAGCAGUAAGCCACUGUCUCUAUGUCAUUGUCUUGAAGCCGUAAAGAACCUUAGUAUUGUGUUUCAAACUUAAUGGGUUCGAAACAAAUACUGAGGCGGAUAAUUGGUGCUUCGGUACCUUGUGUUAUGACCAAAACCAUAACAGAGAGAGAGAGAGAGAGAGAGAGAGAGAGAGAAAAGGCUUCGGAGCUUCGCUUUAUGACUCGCACCAUAAUAAAUAAAUUAAUAAAUUACCCUACCGACCAGUAUUAACCAAAGAACCUCAAAUAUGUGUGUAUGUGUGUGUGUGUGUGUGUGUGUGUGUGUGUGUGUGUUAAUUAUAUCGGAUGUAUUAGCAAGAAAAACUAAACAAACAAAACAAAACAAACAAACAAACAUUCCCAGACCAGAAUUCCCCCAAAAGUGGUCUUAAGAUUGAGGUGUUUCAUAAACCACUCUUGCUCAAAUGGGUGUUUCGUUAUUGGUCGACCUCUAUCACGAACGAACUAGCGAACGAGAGGAAACAACAUAUUGACUGGUUACUGAAGGAAUGAGAUAACGAGGCACUGGUGGUUAAACGAGUGUGAUAACGAGAUACUGGUGACAUAAAGAGUGUGAUAACGAGAUACUGGUGACAUAAAGAGUGUGAUAACGAGAUACUGGUGACAUAAAGAGUGUGAUAACGAGAUACUGGUGACAUAAAGAGUGUGAUAACGAGAUACUGGUGACAUAAAGAGUGUGAUAACGAGAUACUGGUGACAUAAAGAGUGUGAUAACGAGAUACUGGUGACAUAAAGAGUGUGAUAACGAGAUAUUAACUUUUUAAUAAAAUAGCGAGAUAUUUACAAUUAAACGAGAUAGACAAGCGAGACACUAGGAGCUAAAGGAACGAGAUGCUUGUGAACGAGUGCCAGUGUGAGCGGAAGAUAGGGGAGGAUUGUUAGUCUGGGAGAUAAGGGGGAGUCCCAACCAGGGAGAUAAGGGGGAGUCUCUCACUUACAGAGCUGAGAGUCAUAAGAGGGUGCUCGAAAAGACGUCUCUAUGUGUGUAUGAGCCAGAGGGAGAUAUCUCUCAGGAUACCUAAACCUGGAAACGAGAAUAGAUGUCUCGUAUGAAUGACUGUCUCUUAAGUGUUUUUUGAUCAAAAUCUCCUGACAUGGAUGGAAUGUGUCUCUAAUCUCAUAAACUAUGUAUUUCAGACUCGAGAACACGAGCAUCUCUCAUCAAGGCGUAUUGUGUCGCAGGUGUGUGUGUGUGUGUGUGUGUACAGCUACACACCUGCGGGGGAGGACACAUAUGUCUCGUAAGUGUCUCUCGGUCGACUAAAUUUCACCUACAUUAUUAUUAUAAAGUGAAAAACAAAAAUCUCACGAAGACAGACCAGAGAUAUCUCCUCGCAGUUGCAUCUCUCUCAAAAGACUUCCACAUACGAGACAGAGAUAUCUCACGAGACCAAAAGAGACAUCACCAAGGUGCUUCUCGUUCCACUAAACAAAAUGAGACAUCUCGCUGGAGUAUAGAAACAUCACUCCCUUAAAGUAUUGUACCGAGACCAGCAUUAGUAAGUAGUCAUCACCCUGUCAUAACUGUAUGUAAGUCAGUGUCUGUCUGUAGCCAAUAAAACUGUAAGUACGUC